AUGACAAAUAUAGUAAUUGAUCCAAAAAAUAUUAAUAAAUUAUUUCCAAAUGCUUCAUUAUCUCAACCUAUUAGAAUUCGAAUUAUUGCACAAAUUAUAAAUUUUAAUCAAUUUACUUCAGAUUUAAUAAUUGUUAGAGUACCUUCUUUAACUAAUGACGAGAAAAAGGAGGAAGACAAAAUAGAAGUAGAAGUUGAGGAUGAUACAUCGUCACUUGAUUCAAUAAUUAUAAUUGAAGAAAACGAAGUGGAAGAAUCAAAAGAACAAAAUUUACAACAAACUAGAAAAAAGAAAGAAGAAUAUGUAUCAAUUAAUUUAUCAUCAAUUCAAUUAAAAUUAAAUUUAUCAAUGUUAAAACCAGGUAAUAUAAUAAAUUUAGAAGGAUUUUAUAAUGGUAUUAAUGAAAAUGAUAUUGAAGAUAUUGAUAUUUUUAAUAUUUUUGAAAUUGAUUGUAAUUUGAUCAAGAAUCCUCAAUAUUUAAAUACAUUAAAAUAUUUAAGUGAUUUAAAUCAAAUGAAACCUAUUAGUACUUUGGAUUGA